AUGGUUCUCGCCGCUCGUUGCGGACAGGCGACGUCCGCCCUCCUGCGUCAGCGCUGUGCGGUCGAGUCCCGUCGCUCCGCUCUCCCGGCUGUGCGCUCCUUCACUUCUCAGACGACCGCUGCCCGUACGACGGCAUCGAGUCUGCGAUUGCAGCAGAAGACCUCUGCGCCUUCGCCAUGGCGGUCGCAGCAGCUGCGCUCCUUCUCUAGCGCUCUGCGCCGGUUGGCGGAGUCUGCUCCCGCCGCUGACAGCUACCUGAAGAGCGAGCUGUUCAAGACCGAGCCCAACCUCGUCGAUGUUAAGAAGGUCCUGGUCAUCGGUAGUGGUGGUCUGAGCAUUGGACAGGCCGGAGAGUUCGAUUACUCUGGCUCCCAAGCUCUGAAGGCCCUCAAGGAGGCCGGUGUUCAGUCAGUCCUGAUCAACCCUAACAUUGCGACCAUCCAGACCGAUCACAAGCUUGCGGAUGAAGUCUACUACCUCCCGGUUACCCCCGAAUAUGUGACCUACGUUAUUGAGCGGGAACGCCCUGACGGUAUCUUCCUCUCUUUCGGUGGACAGACGGCUCUGAACUUGGGUGUGCAGAUGAACCGCAUGGGUACCUUCGAACAGUAUGGCGUCAAGGUUCUUGGAACCAGCAUCCGGACUUUGGAGACCAGUGAGGACCGUGACCUGUUCUCCAAGGCCUUGAACGAGAUCAACAUCCCCAUCGCCGAGUCCAUCGCUGUUAACACCGUUGACGAGGCCCUGGAGGCUGCCGAGCAAGUUGGUUACCCCAUCAUUGUUCGUUCCGCCUAUGCUCUGGGUGGAUUGGGUUCCGGAUUUGCCAACGACCCUGAGGAAUUGCGCAACUUGGUCUCUCGUUCUUUGACCCUUUCUCCCCAGGUGCUGGUCGAGAAGUCCCUCAAGGGCUGGAAGGAGGUCGAGUACGAGGUGGUCCGGGAUGCCAACAACAACUGUAUCACCGUUUGCAACAUGGAGAACUUCGACCCCUUGGGUAUUCACACUGGUGACAGCAUCGUCGUUGCGCCCAGUCAGACUCUCUCCGAUGAGGAGUACCACAUGCUCCGUACCGCGGCCAUCAAGAUUGUCCGCCACUUGGGCGUUGUCGGCGAAUGUAACGUGCAGUACGCCCUGCAGCCCGAUGGUCUCGACUACCGUGUCAUUGAGGUCAACGCCCGUCUCUCGCGUUCUUCGGCACUGGCCUCCAAGGCUACCGGAUACCCUCUUGCUUACACCGCUGCCAAGAUCGGUCUGGGACACACUCUCCCCGAGCUGCCCAAUGCCGUGACCAAGACCACCACUGCCAACUUCGAGCCCAGCUUGGAUUACAUUGUCACCAAGAUCCCCCGGUGGGAUCUGAGUAAGUUCCAGCACGUCAACCGGGACAUCGGAAGUGCCAUGAAGUCUGUCGGUGAAGUUAUGGCCAUCGGUCGUACCUUCGAGGAGUCCUUCCAGAAGGCUAUCCGCCAGGUCGACCCCCGAUUCCUCGGGUUCCAGGGUGACUCAUUUGAGAACCUGGAUGACGUCCUGAAGAACCCCACUGACCGCCGUUGGUUGGCUGUUGGCCAGGCCAUGCUCCACGAGAACUACUCCGUGGACAAGGUCCACGAUCUGACCAAGAUCGACAAGUGGUUCCUGUACAAGCUCCAGAACAUUGUGGAUUGCAACAAUGAGCUUAAGGAGAUUGGCAGCCUCUUCGGCGUUCAGGAAGAGCUGAUGCUCAAGUCGAAGAAGCUUGGCUUCUCUGACAAGCAGAUCUCUAUCCUCGUUGGCUCGACUGAGGACGAGGUCCGCGCUCGCAGAAAGAGCUUCGGUAUCCGCCCCUGGGUGAAGAAGAUUGACACCCUGGCAGCUGAGUUCCCUGCCGACACCAACUAUCUCUAUACUACCUACAACGCCACUUCCCACGAUGUCACCUUUGAUGACCAUGGCACGAUCAUCCUGGGUAGCGGUGUCUACCGUAUUGGAAGCUCGGUCGAGUUCGACUGGUGUGCGGUCAACGCCACUCUUUCCCUCCGCAGCAUGGGCAAGAAGACCGUCAUGAUCAACUACAACCCCGAGACCUACUCCACCGACUUCGAUACCGCUGACAAACUCUACUUCGAAGAACUCAGCUACGAGCGUGUCAUGGAUAUAUACGAGCUCGAGAGCGCCAGCGGCGUUGUCGUCUCCGUCGGUGGUCAGCUUCCUCAGAACAUUGCCCUUCGUCUGCAGGAGACUGGCGGUGCCCACGUCCUCGGUACCGACCCCAAGGACAUUGACAAUGCUGAGGACCGUCACAAGUUCUCUCAGAUCCUGGACAGCAUUGGCGUUGACCAGCCUGCCUGGAAGGAGCUUACUUCCGUCUCUGAGGCCGAGCGUUUCGCCGAGUCCGUUGGCUACCCCGUCCUGGUUCGUCCCAGUUACGUCCUGUCUGGUGCUGCCAUGAACGUCAUCUACAGCCACGAUGAGCUCAAGGAGAAGCUGCUCAACGCCGCCGCUGUCUCUCCUGAUCACCCCGUUGUCAUCACUAAGUUCAUUGAGGGUGCUCAGGAGAUCGAUGUCGAUGCCGUUGCCUCGAACGGUCAGCUUCUGCUCCAUGCCGUCAGUGAGCACGUCGAGCCCGCUGGUGUGCACUCUGGUGACGCUACCCUUGUCCUUCCCCCGGCCAACCUCGAGGAGUCCAUCAUGAACCGUGUUAAGGAGAUCGCCGAGAAGGUUGCCAAGGCCUGGAAGAUCACCGGUCCCUUCAACAUGCAGAUCAUUAAGGCCGACCAGGAGGGUGCUGCCCCCGAGCUGAAGGUCAUCGAGUGCAACCUCCGUGCCUCCCGCUCAUUCCCCUUCGCCUCUAAGGUUCUGGGCACCAACUUCAUCGACGUUGCCACCAAGGCUCUUGUUGGCCGUGAUGUCCCCGAGCCCGUGGAUCUCAUGAGCACCAAGCGUGACUACCUCGCAACCAAGGUUCCCCAGUUCAGCUGGACCCGUCUGGCUGGUGCCGACCCCUUUCUUGGUGUGGAAAUGGCCAGCACUGGUGAAAUUGCCUGCUUUGGUAAGGACCUCGUGGAGGCCUACUGGGCUUCUCUCCAGUCCACAAUGAACUUCCGUGUGCCCGAGCCUGGCGAGGGUAUCCUGCUUGGUGGCGACAUCAACAACACUUCCUUGGCCAAGGUUGUCGAGUACCUGAACCCUCUGGGCUUCCAGUUCUUCGCUGCCAGCCCUGAGGUCAAGGCUCACAUCGAAUCCACCUCCAAGGACAACGUCUCCGUGCAGGUGAUCGAGUUCCCCAAGAAGGACAAGCGUGCUCUCCGUGAGGUCUUCCAGAAGUACAACAUUCGCGGCGCCUUCAACCUUGCCAAGAGCCGGGGCAAGACCCUGCUCGACGAGGACUAUGUCAUGAGACGUAACGCGGUCGACUUUGGGGUGCCUCUCUUCAUGGAAACUAAGACCGCCCUUCUCUUUGCUCAGGCCAUGAGCGAGAAGCUGCCCCGUGCCGAGGGCAUUCCCUCCGAAGUCCGCAGCUGGUCUGACUUCGCCGGUGGCAAGCUGCUGUAA